GGGCUGAGGCCUGAGGUUCAUAAGUCAUGCGCCAUGCCACAUCGCGUCCAGCGUGUAUAAGCGAGGACGCCCUCCGCCGCCGCCUCGACUUCUCGCUCUCCUCCUCCGCCGCCGCUCCAGACUCCAGUGCGCGUCGCGUCGCGUCGCGUCGCGCUGCACUUGUAGCUGGAUUGCAUGAUCCACCACAGCAAUCUUCUUCCCCUCGUCUAAACCCUCGCGCCCCGCCCUGUCCUCAAAACCCCUCAUUAGUCGGUCGAUGGCAGACGAGGAUGCCGCCGAGACCGUCGGCGCCGCGUACAUGACGGUCCCGCCGCCGCUGGUUAUGCCGGACGCCGCAGUGCCUCCGCCGGUGGCGGCAGAGACCGUCGCCACUCUGCCGCCCGUUUCCGAUGACGACACGGAGGCCGCCGUCGCGGCUAUGUUGGUCGUUCUGCUUCCUCCACCGCCGGAGCAAAUGGUGGCGAUUCCUCAACCUUUCUCCUCUGAAUCCAAGCUGCCUGAGGUGACCGUUCAGGCUUUGGGACAUUUACUAGAAGAGGAGCAUCCAGUCAUGGCUGUAUCUGAUAACAAGGAAAGUGAGAAACAAAUACCACGUCCACCACCAUGUCCUUCAGGAGAACAGCAAAAACCUAAGGACGAUGGUGAUCUUUCAGAUGAUUCCCCUAGUAACUCUACUAACCAAAGUGAUCAUAUUGAUGGUGAACAUCAUUACAACAUUCCAAUAUAUCGUCCGUACAAGUACGAUCCAUAUCGAUUUAUGUGUAGAAGAGAGAGAAGAAACCACUGGAAUGAUGACUAUCCAUAUAUGUGUGGCUUUCAAAACCCAUGGAAUCCCAAGACUUCCCUUCAUACUGAUGAUUAUUGGAGUCCUUGGCCCUCUCCUGAGCCUGACCAGAGAAUGGAAAGAUACAAUUCAGGGAGUUGUUGGUCUUGGCCCUCUCCAGAACCAGACUGUGAGAAGGAAAGGUACACUGUGGCUGCUGGGUUAUCCAAUCCUCAUUUGUGGACAUGUUUUCUUAAUUGUGUACUCCAAUGUAUGGUUCACACUGUUCCUCUUCUAUUGAAGCUUCGGAAAGCUGAUCAUCCAGAUCCAUGUCCUCGUGUUUCUAUUGGAUUCUGUUGUUAUUGCUCCCUAAAACAUCAUGUCGAUGAAUGUAUGAGGCUCUCUGGUAGUUCUUUCUACCCUGAGAUUUUCGUUAAUCACCUGAAAUCAAUUUCAUCAAAUUUUAGGAGUGGAGUACAACAAGAUGCGCAGGAGUUCCUCCGCUGUUUGCUUGAUAAAUUGGAUGAGGACUCCAUUGCUCCCAGGUUCUCUGAAGAAUCCUCUUCCUCUGAAGAAUCUUCUUCUACUGAAGAAGGUAGUGUCGUAAAAGAAAUAUUCAGUGGGUGCCUGAAAAGCCAGCUGCGAUGCCCAGAGUGCAAUCAUUAUUCAGAUAAAUCUGAACCUUUUCUCGAUCUAAGCUUGGAUUUGAACAUGGUGGAGACUCUAAUGGAUGCUUUACAAUCCUUUACAAAUACUGAGUUAAUCAAAGACUUUAUGUGUGAUGGAUGCAAAUCUCGUGUUAACCUGGAGAAGCACUUCAAGAUAGAGCAGGCACCUGAAGUGCUUGUAAUUCAUCUCAAGCGAUUCACUAAUUUUGAGUCUAAGAUUCGGGACAAGGUUAAGUUCCCAAUAGAGCUGGAUAUAAACUCCUUUAUGAGUUCUUCGGAUGAUACACUGCAGAAGUACGAUUUGUAUGGAGUUGUAGAACACCUCGGUGCAUAUGGCAGCGGUCACUAUGUUUGUUAUAUCCGGUCAUCUGAAGCUGAUUGGUACAAAUUUAAUGAUGACAAGGUCUGCAAAUGUUCUGUGGCUAGCGCUUUGGACAGCGCAGCAUAUCUUCUUUUCUAUGUGAAGCAAGGUUCAUCCCCGUGGUUCUCUACCUUACUCGAGAAAGAAGACAAGUGUCCACUGGCUGGUUCUGUAAGCUUGGAAGAACAAGGCGAAACUGCUCCCUUCAACAAAGAAGGGCAGGCCCGGUACAACAAUGAGAGUUGUCUUGUUGAGUCACCGGGUCCACAUUUGUGGAGAAAAGACUUGCCUCAAUUUAUCCAUUCCUCAGACCCCACUCAUGCAUCUAGCACUGGGUCUGCCAACAAAGAAGAGGAGGCGGCAUCUUCUCAUGGGCAAGGCAAAAUUGCUCGCAAUAACAAAGAAGAGGCGACAACUUCUCUUGAGCAAAGAAAUGGAUCUACUUUGCUGGACUUAUCUGAACAGUUACAAAGGAAUGGAAAUGUCAAUACCUUGUCGGAUGCAUCAGACAAACUGGAAGAAGGCUGCAGGAUGGGUGAAACGUCAACGGGAACACAAGGGCCUAGCUGUCUGAUUGGAUCAGGCGACAAGAAUGGCCAUGCCGAUGGGUGUUGGGAGCCAUCAGGUAAGAUGAAAGAUGUCAGCCCAGGGGGGUCACUGAACAAGAAGGAAGCGAAACCAAUGACAUGUGGAUCUGUAGAAGUUGAAGUUGAUCAUGCAGUUACACAGGGAGGCUCUCCUCGGAAUGAGAACAAUUGCCACUCACUUCAACUUUCACAUAAGCACAAAGACAACUGUGACUUCUUAGAAGUUGAUCAUGCAGUUACACAGGGAGUCUCUCCUCAGAUCAAUGAGAACAAUUGCCACGUACUCCAACUUCCACAUGAUCGCAGAGACAACUUCUGUCGCAGGAGUCUCUCCUUGCAAGGUUGUGGGGAAGAACGCAGAGGAAGAGGAGGCGGCGAGAGUAAGAAGCGGAAGUCUGCCAAUGGUGGUCGGUCCAAGGCAUUAAGGAAGCGCAUGAAGAGGACACACCGUACCGUAGCAAGGCAUUUCGCUUUCUGUAGGUGGAGAGCAGUGGCAGGUACAGUAUGGAAAUCGAAGACGAGGCGAAGGUGACGUCGGUUGGCUGGCGACUGACCAGCAACUAUUCCACGGCGCCUAUAGGUAGAAGAACCGGCAGGGGCUUUUGUAAUGCACACAAGUAUCUCGGAUAGAGUUUAGGGAUAAAAUGAGCAAGAACAGAGUGGAGGAAUGGGGAAGUCACGGUUGAUGUCCAUGGGACUUUGGGCACUUUUUUGCAUCUUUUUUGCAUUUUAGCUUUUUUGGUUUUUUUUUGCACAACUAUACCCUUUGCAGUUUCAUUUCAAAAAAUGGACCCUUGAUUU